UUUUCUUGUCAAUUUUUUUUUAAAACAAAAAUUGUUUAUCUGAAUUAUGGGUUCUUGAUUUCGUACAAGUUUUACUCACCUUUCGGGUUUUCUAAAGGUCAUAUGAGUUGUUCCUCUUUGCUAUUUUCUUUGCCCAGAUAUGCUGAUUGAAUAUUUACCUGUGUCAAGAUCUUCUCUUUAAUCUUCUCUGAGCUCUGUUGCUGUGUUGUUUGAGCAGAUAAUGUAGUUCCGGGCUGGAUCUGUUACUUUUCAUUAAUAUGAUCGUUUGCAAAUCUCAGCUUUGACAUUUGCAACUGAGAACGGGUAUCUGGAAAUGGGACCAUUGGCACUUGAAACGGAGAUUGUAUGCUCACUAGAUUAUAUAACGUUGGGGCUAAAGGAAGAGAAGCCCCAAGUUUUAUCACUUCUUUCCAUGUUUCUGGAGAGGUGCGUUCAAAAAAAUGAAAGGAUGUUGGAGACUUCACAAACUAAAGAUGUUGUGACCAUACUCCAUGGUUUAAGAGCACCAUCUCUCAGCAUUCAACAAUACAUAGAUCGGAUCUUUAAGUAUUCGUGCUGCAGCCCUUCUUGCUUUGUUAUUGCACAUAUAUAUGUGGACAGGUUUAUUCAACGGACAAACUUGUGCUUGACGUCCCUCAACAUCCACCGCCUCCUUAUCACGAGUGUUAUGGUGGCAGCAAAAUUUAUGGAUGAUGCAUUCUUUAACAAUGCAUAUUAUGCAAGAGUGGGAGGAGUCAGCACGGCGGAAUUGAACAAGUUGGAGAUGAAGUUUUUGUUCAGUCUCAAUUUCCAACUUCAUGUUAGUGUACAGACAUUUAGGAACUAUUGUUCAGUGUUGAGAAAGGACGCGACGGGUGGACUUAUUGAACGCCCGAUCCAGGCAUGUGGAAUGAAAGAAAGCUGGGCAAACAAAGAUGAUCCUGUUUGUCCUCAGUCAAUCUCUAGAUGAAGAUUGUUCAGUGCCAAUAUGGACAUUUUGAAGACCAGAAAAAUAGAUGUGAAUGUGAAUUUUUUUGUCUCUCACAGGAUCAGAUACCUUGGACAUGACCACGGAGGAGAUCUUGCCCUCUUUGUUGUAUUAAUACAUGGGUUUGUUCCAGCCUUUUCCUAUAGCAGAUAUGGUUUUCUUGUUUUUGUUGAGCUCCUUUGAUAGGAUUAGAAUGAGCUGUCAGUGGAAGUAAUUCACCUGGAGUUGCUAUUCUUUCGUUGAUGCUACUAUUCGAUUGAUUCGUUUAGCAUCCACACCUUGUGAAUUUUGAAUUCUUUGUUAUUGACAAUAGGGCUGUAAUGGAAAUGAAUAGAUUUGGUUGCAGAUGAUUUUAUGGUCUUUCAA